AUGCUCAUAGACGCUCUGUUGCCUAUGGACACGAAGGGGUGGGAUUUCACGUCGAUAACUCAAUACGAUACCUUCCAAUGGCACGUUGGCACUACUCCUUUUUCGGAUCUUUGGUUCAUCGUCGUAACAUGGGGUAUCUAUUUUGCUACAAUAAUUACUCUCAAGCUGUACAUGAAAGAUCGUCAAGCAUUCAAGCUUUCAACAGCAACAGCCCUUCAUAACGCAAUAUUAUGUUUGGCAUCCCUUUUCAUGUUUGUUUUGACUGCUUUGGAUAUAUAUAAACGUACAAUGACGCUGGGCGUCUCUGAAAUUUUCUUUACGACACGGCCAGAGACUUUCAAAGGACGUCUCGUCUGGAUAAUGUACAUCUACUAUUUGUCAAAGUAUCAAGAGCUUCUGGAUACCGUAAUUUUGGUUUUGAAGAAGAAGCCAGUCAUAUUCCUGCAUUGGUACCACCACGCGGUCAUCAUCUUCAUGGUUUGGACAUGGCUCGAAUACAAGAUCAUAUACUCUGCACUUGGAAUGCUGGCAAACACACUAGUACACGUGUUUAUGUACUAUUACUAUAGUGUGUCUUCCAUGGGCAGGGAAGUCUGGUUCAAGAAAUACUUGACUUCGGGCCAAAUCAUACAAUUCAUCAUGUCAUUUGUCUUGUCGAUACCGUAUGUUUAUUAUCACUGGACUCUCGGGCAAAACACUAGUUGGAAGCCCUUCUUGUUCAGUAUGAGCGUGAAUGGCAGCUUCCUGUUUCUCUUUAUACGAUUCUAUCAAAAGAGCUAUUCAGGUAGCAAGAAGAGUAGUAAAUCUAAUAAGAAAGAAUAG